AUGCCUCGAUGGGAAGAAAUGUUACCAGACAUCAUGGAGGCCUUGGAGAGAAGUCGGGGAGAAUGGCAAAUCGACCCAAAGUACUACGAAGAGCACAUGCGCUGGGUUGCUGAGCAUGAAGAAACAGUGCGGCGGAACAAUCUUGCCAGAGCGCUGGAGGCUGGCUUCACGUGUAUCGAAGAGUAUGAUGGAGCACGUCGCAAGGAGGAAGAGGAGCGGGUGGCUAAUUUUCGUAAGAGAGUGGAAGAAGAAACGGGUAAGACGUGGGAGGAAUACUGGGCAACUCAUCCCCAGCGAGCGAAGACACCUCCAGAACCUUUCCUUGGGUGCGACUGCGAAGACCAUCCAAUCCCCAUGUUUUGUCCCAAGACGCUGGUGGACUAUCGAACGCAGGACGCUCUCGAUCUUUCCUGCUGCUUCGAAGCCAAUGGUGAUCAGGACAUACGUGAUCUAAAGAUUGACCCAGAAGACAAAUCUAAACGCCUAUCGCAGAACGCCAUUGAAAAGUACUGGGAGACGGAUACUCAGGAGGGACCCGCAGAUUGGCCACCGUGGUUGAAGGGUGAUGCUGUGCUACAAGGCAUUGCGCAGCUGGAUCAAAAUAAUGAUUACAAGCCCCGAAUCCCGAUGACGUUGGGGGAGGGCCAGAAAGUCGGAGAAAGCCCGCCAAGUUUAAUUUUUACUGAAAGUCAGAGCGAUCCCGAGAUUUCCAGCUCAACAAGACCGUUAGCGUCUCAUAACAGCUCUUCCAACGACGAGAAUUCAUUUAAUAUGCCUAAUGCUGAGCCAUUUAUCGAGAUUCAGGGAGCUGCUCAUCCGUCCCGUUCUAACCAAUCUGGCAUGCCUGAUAAUCAAACUGUACCUUAUAGCAGACCCAAGAGAACCAAAAAAUCAACCGAUAAAGGUCAUGCACGGCUCACAAGGACUUCGGGAGUCAGAAAGAAAACAACAAACUCCAAGAAAAGAGGAAGGAAAGGGAUCUCGAAGAUCACCGGAUAG